AUGUCUAUAGAACAGCUUGAAAGAAGGAGGAAAAAGUUCUCUAAAGAGACAAGAGAUAGACUAAUUAAUGACCCUUUACUAGAUGCUGCAUUGCUCAGCCGAUCCAAAAAUAUAUUUCUCAAAAAUUUGCAACAGGAUCAACAACAAAGAGAACAGUUACUUGCAAAAUUGAAAGCUGAAGAAAGAUCUGAUGUGUUGGACCAUGGAUUGAGGAAACUACGAGAGAUAAUUGUUAGCAUUUUUGACUCUAAUAAUAAUGAUGUAGGGUUUGUAAGGUUUGUUGAAGAAGUGUAUACAACAUCAUUUGAAUUUUUUCUUUCGAAUAAUCAAUUUCAGAAGAUGGGUCCGAUUUUGAAAUUUAUUGUGGAUAAUUUGGUACAUAUAGCCUGCUAUGCAGAGUAUUUUGAAGCAUACAUUGUAUACAUUUCACACAUUCAAAAUGAUUUGUCGUCUUCUCUAAAACUGAUAAAAGGAAAGGACGCGUUGAGACAAUACAAUGAUGCAAUGCUGCUGUCACUAAUAUACGGUUGCUCGAUCGACUCACCCCAUACAUGGUUCAAGCUUUUAAUGGAGAAACAUUACAAUAAAGAUGAUUCUCUCAUGUAUAGGAUGUUAUUGAAAGCGGGAAAAAUAGAAGAAAUGCAACUACGUGUGAUAAAUAUAAUAAAAGUAUCUUAUAAUCAAAUUUCUAUGGCAUUUCUGAAAGAUUUUUGGUUGUGUAAGUGUCUUCUAUUACCUAAAGUUCUCAAAGAACUUGAAGCCUUGUACUUUAUUGAGCAAAAAGCAGAUGGUACAUGCUUAAUAUACUUCAAGAAAAGAUGA